AUGCCUGACGUGGACGACAACAACCUCACUAAUGCCCUCAGCGCCGCGAGCGCACUCAUCGGUUAUAUCGGGACAGAGGCCGGUCUCCAUCAUCGUGGCGACCCAUGCUUCGCCGUUCCCCUGCAACGCUUCACUCCUGAGAAGCUCGCAGAGGAAGACGAGGAAGAUCUUCCUAGAGCCAGCUUCUACCUCGAAAACGGGCAGCACCUCCAAAUAAUCUCGGGACCAAUCCACAUUAUCCGCCCAUUCUUCCGCCACUAUGAGCAUCUGAAGCGUCAGCGCUGGAAUGAACUCGCUCGUCGUUUCCACUCUAUGCAUGCCCCCCCCUUUCAAUGCAUGUGGACCGGAUACACCCUUUAUGUGACCUUUGCGCUCUAUAUUUCGCGGUAUAUGCAUGGAGAACUGUGGCUGACGACUGAGGAGCGCAUUGCGGAAGCGCUGGUCCAUGCUGAGGAACAUCCGGGCCCGAUGAGGAUUUUGUUCAAGGUUGCAGAGGAUUAUGUAUUGCAAGUAGACCUGAGUCGGACUGUGCAUAAUUCAUUUGGUCUGGCCCAGGAGCAUGCAUUUCGGAUAUUUGAGUUGCAGGCUGUGAGCGAGACGCCGACGGCUUGCUCUUGA